CACAAUUUAAUUUUUGAGCAGUUCUAGAUUCCAGAGGCGCAGUUUUAUCUUUAUACGAGGGAAUGUUCGUAUUAUUCUCUACAGAAACUAUUGCAGCGUAUAUAAAAUCAAAUUAGGGUCACGGUCGAUCGUUAGUGUGAUCUUUUUAUGUAAACUUUUGAAAAUCGCAGAAACGAGAAAAUUUUCGUCCAAGUAGAGACAACGGCUAAAACGAACCGUUUGGCAAGUAUUUUUGCGUCAUGUUUUGAUUUAGAAUCCUGUAAGCGCCCGAAGGACUUGUAAUGUUGUAUACAAAGCGAUAAACGAGCGACUAAGUUUUAAUAAAAGAAACAAGGCCAUCUAAAUAUUUUAUGUCCUUUGAAUAUGUCCACGUUCCGUGUCACUACAGAUCAUCAGGGCGAGUUGUGUGCUUAAUCAAACCUUUUUGGCUGUUGCAAUCAGUUUUUGGAUUAAAUAAGUCCAUGUUUGAAUUUUUUAACAUUUCUUUUACAAAGGUUAAACUGAAUUUUUACAGCUCAUUUAGUGUAAUGGACUCAAGCACAACCUUUCUUUCAGAAACCUCGGUAACCCUUUGUUACAGUUUUGGAAAGGCAUCUUAUUUCAUGAUAGAUUUGUCUUUUUUGUUAGGUCACUUUAAAACCUUAACUUUCGUCAGGGAGUAAACUGUUAUUUAUGAGCAUGUAAUUGCAUUUUGAUUGGAAGAAGAGAAGCAUACAGUUUUUUUUGUCAACAUGAACUUAUCAAAAUAUCAUUUCUCCUUUUUGAUUUUUUAAAAUUUUCUUCUAAUGGUUAUGAAGAGAAUUGAAAGUUUCAUCAAGGCAUUAGGACACAGUCUUGCAUAAUUCUUUAUUGUUCUUGCCUAGAAUACUAUGUUUGACAGUGCAUUGUAUUGUAUGUGUGGAGAAAUGAGAUGUUUACCGGUAAUCAUUCUUAAUCAGGAAUUAAGCGUUCCCUAGUUUUUCUCCAGGGCCCAACUGUUCAAAGGCUGGAUAACGCUAUCCGCACUGGAUAAAUCGCUACUCAGUGGAUAAGUGUUAACAAAACAAACCCUGCUAUCCACUGGAGAGUGAUUUACCUGGUGGAUCGUACCGUGUAUUAUCCACCUUUCGAACAUCCCAGGCCACAAUAAGAGUUAUGAAAAUCUCAAGCAACAUCAAGCACUGUGAUGGGCUACAGCUAAUUAUAAAUUAUGAUUGUGUUAUUAUAGUUCUCAGGCAAGUCUACCUGAAGACUUUUCAAAUGGAUUAUUGUAAGAACUACUUUAAUGAACAAUGAACUUAAGAAGAAAAAGAAAUUUAGCAUUUCUCCACAGCUUUUCAGUAGAAGUCACUUCAUGCCUAAUCAACAGUUUUCUUUUUGCUUUUCAAGGUUCGCAGGAAUCAAGUUUUGCCAGUUUGUAUCAAAGUAGGAACUGAUUGAAAGCUGUUUAUAAUGAACAGUUCUUAUCAGCAAGUGUCGCAAGACCCAGAUGAAAGUGAUGAUCGUCACAGAUCUUACCAACCAUACCACGAUGAUGAGGAGGGUUAUGAAGGAAACUGUGGUUAUAACUACGGCUACAAUCCCUAUCGGCUGCCAUCUGGGGGAAUCAAAGGAAAAGUGGAGCAGAAAUACUGGCAUACAAAACAAACUGUGAUCCAAAAAUUAGGAAAGGAACAAGAUAGUUAUGUUGUAGCAGGAGACUCUGAAGUUGAUGCGCGUCUUGAAGCUUUUAGACACAUACAAAAGACUUGUAUGGACAUACUGAAGGCAGUCGAAAUCUAUCAAAACAGGAUAUUUGCUUUGUCUCAAGAUGAGAAUGAAAUGGGUCGUUUUCUGCGAGAGCAAGGUUCCCAGGAUAAAUCCAAAGCUGGAAAGAUGAUGAUUGCUGUAGGCAAGGCCCAGAGUUACUCUGCUCAACAAAGGUUGAGUCUUAGAACUCCUCUUGUGAGGCUGUAUCAAGAGGUUGAAACCUUCCGAUACCGUGCCAUCUCGGAUACUUUCCAGACAGUUAAUCGAAUGGAACUGGCAAGAACAGACUACAGAGCUGGCCUCUUGUGGAUGGCUAAUAUAUCUAAAGAACUGGAUCCUGAAGAAUAUAAGAGAUUAGACAAAUUUAGAGAGGUUCAAGGGCAGGUUCGGAAGGGAAAAAAGAAAUUUGAAAAGCUGAAGGUUGAUGUUAUGCAGAAGAUAGAUCUUUUGUCUGCAAGUAGGUGCAACUUACUAUCAAGUACACUCGCUGCGUACCAGCAGGCGCUGCUAAAAUUUUGGGAGAACACUUCUCGGACUAUGACUCAAGUAUCUGAACAGUUCAAAGGAUUACCGACAUACCAGUUUCAGAUGUUAAAAAGCCUCAAUCCUCUAACCCUUGAUGGUAGUGACAAGGAAAAGGAUGAAGAAGGAAAAGAAGAAAAGCAGGACAAAGAAUCUGAUGAAGGCAAAAAGGAGUUGAGAAACGGCGAUGAAAAGAAGGAAACAUCUAAGGAAGAUGACGAUGACCAGCUAAUAUCAUUGGAUCAUUCUCCAUUAGAGGAGAAGAAUUCGGCAGCGGCAGCGGCAGCAGGCAAUAAGAAUGAUAAUGACGACGAUGAUGAGUCGCUUCUAGAAACAGAUUUGCUUGGGGAUGAUGAAGUGUCCAAUGGAAAUAUUGAUAAGAAUGACAAGCCAGGUGCUUUUAUAGAUUUGCUGGGCGAUGAUGAUUUACUUCCACCAAAACAUCAAUCUGCUACAGAUGACCUUCUUUCAUCCUUUGAGAGUCCUCCAAACAGUAAUGGUCUCAAAAGUCAUGAUUCAAUCAUGCCACCCAGCUAUGAGGCAGCAAAGCAAAUUCCAGCUUCUGGUAUGUAAUACAUCAAACACGAAAGACUGUGUUUGACCACAUUUCCAAGCACCGAGAAGAGAGUUGAAAAUAUGACAUG